AUGGCAGAGCUUAAUUCAGUAAUUAACAUGAAAUCUGAGAAAUUGAAUAAUAAGAUUGUAGAUCUUAGAGUGCAUGCAGUUACAACUGGUGAAGCUUUAAUUGAAAAGGCCAAAAUAUGUGAGAAACUUACAGUGGAGAAUGAGAGUUUGAAUGAGAAAAUUUUGGAGUUGCAAAAAGAAUUGGAUGAAUGCAGACAUGCUACUAAUAUGGCUUUUAAUAAAAUGGCAGAAAGCAUGGCACCUUCGAGUAGGUCUCCUGCAUCUGAAAUUCCAGGGUCUAUUGCUAACCCAGGGAUUGGAGAUACAGGAUACAAACCUCUUUAUCCAUGGGAGGAUUUGAAACAAAAGUCAGUGACAAAUCUCCCUGCGGCUCCAACUACAACAACCACAGUGUUUAAUCCUGAUAAUUCUGGAGAGAUUCAGCUGGUUACUAAGCAGUUGAAGCCACAAGAAAUGGAUGCCAUAGUUAGAGAAAUAGGGCAGGUCCCUCAGCAGGAUAUAAAUCGCUUUUUGCAAUGGUUUUGUGGAUUUCAAAGAGUGAAAGAGAUGUAUAGUUUGACAAAUAGUGAUAUGGAGAGAGUGCUGCAGAAAGUUGUUGGAAAUGGAUUGUGGGUCAGGAUUGUACAGACAUGUGGUCAGCAGCGUAGAACUAGGGAUAUGUUGAAAGAGAUCUUGAGAGCACUUUAUGAAGUUACAUCAAAUGUGUCAUUGUCUGGAAAAAUUAAACAGCUGAAACAAGAGUCUCCGUAUGAAUUGUCAGCUAGAAUUUCCACAGUGAUGGAACAGUUUGGUGUCAGUAAUCCUGGUUUUGAACAGGGAGGGCUGGUGCAUAGAUCAAUGUUUUUGGAUGCAUUAGAGCAAGAUAUUAAAGAUGAGAUAUUAUUUGUAACCCCAAACCCAUCAGAAAUGUGUGAUUUACUGUUAAGAGCUGAUAAUUUGUGGCGAAGAAAGGUUAAAAAUGAGAGUUUUGCUGUAGAUGCUGCAAGGAUUUUCAGAGUAGAGAGGAGAGACAGGUCUGCUAUGUAUCCUCAGAAACCAUUCAGGGGAGAUAGAUUUCAGCAUGUGGGAAAUUUUAGAUGUGAGAAUGAAUCUGAUAGUGACAAAAGACAGAGAGAUCCACAGAGGGGCCAUAGGAAUAGGGAUAGUGCUAAAGGGAGCAAUGUAAUGGGAGAUAAUUGGAGAAAUAGAUGGGAUGAGCCUCAGGUAAUUAACAAUAAUUGGAAUAAUAAUAACUGGGAGAGGCUAAAAAGGAGAGAUAAUAACUGGAGAAAUAACAGUUGGGGAGAAAAACAUAGAAACAACAGGAACAGUUAUUGGGAGAAUUCUUGGAGAAAGAACCAUAGAUGGGAUGAUCAGACCAGUAGACGGAAUUGGGAUAAUUGGAGGAAUAAAGAAGGGAAUAGAGAAUAUUGGGAUCUGAAGAGACAGACUGAGAGAUUGGAGGCAGAUGUAAAAGCGCUUAGGGAACAGAUGAGAGAUGAGGGAAAGACUGAUCAAUUGAGGUUUCCCAGCAAUUAACUACCAUAAUUUUUUUGUUUUUCUCUACAUGUGUAUGUAUGUUUGAUUUUCUUUUGUUUCUAUAAAAAUAGCCUUAAGCUUAUUUUUUUUAUCUUUGUAUGGCAACAGACCGUUGUCAGUUUUCUAUAGACUGCAUGCUGACAAACAUCUUUGAAUCUUUGUCAUUUUUUUUUUAAAAAAAAAAGGGAUAUAACAGAGCAUCAGAUUGGAAACUGAGUAAUGUUGCAAGAUUUUUCCCCUUACCACCCAUUUUCAAAGCCAAAAUGGAAAGGUCCAUAUAUUGUGCUUGACAAAAUUGGCCCUUCUGUGUAUUUGUUAGAUGUGGGAGAUGAGCACUUUAUGCCAAGUUAAUGUUAAUGUUAACAUAGUCUCUUAGUUCUCAUUUACAGAUAAUAGGAGAUGGAGUGGAUCCCUGGAAGAGCAGCCCACUUAAGAAAUAUGAAGUGCAAGAAAACAACAGUUGUGAUGUGGUGGUUAUGUGUAUCGUUUUCUAUGUAUAUAUUGUAUAG